AUGGGCAAAGGCACCCUCGAGCAGGUCGCCCUGCGCCUCCGCCAGCUCUUCGACAGCUUGCUCUCCGUCCUGCAGCGCCUCCUCCGCCUCUCCCAGAAGCAAAAGACGACAGCGACGACAGCGACGACACCCUCAAAGACACCCUCAAAGACAUGCGAGAAACGGCCGUCGUCCCUGCGGUGCAGACGCUCCCUCGAUGACCUCGCCGCCGACGUCCAGCGCCAGUUCACCUCCCACCUGUCGACCGCCCGCCUCGCCGCCAUGGCCGCCGGCAUCCGCCUGCAGCUCGACCGCUGUGCAAAGUCCUCGCCCGUCUGCAUGCUGCCCUCCUUCAACCAUGCCUUACCCUCCGGCUGCGAGCGCGGGACCUUCCUGGCCCUCGACGUCGGGGGCUCGACCUUCAGAGUCGCCCUCGUCGAGCUCGCCGGCCACGGCGCCAUGCACAUCCGCCGCAUCGCCUCCUCCGCCAUCGACGAGCCCGUCAAGCUGCUCGAGGGCCGGGCCUUCUUCGACUGGAUCGCCCUGCGCAUCCUCGACAUGCUGCGGGCCGGCGACGAGGGCUACGGGCGGGACUCUUCCUCGCCGCUGCCCAUGGGCCUCUCCUGGUCGUUCCCCAUCGACCAGACCUCCAUCCGCUCUGGCCUCGUGCUCAGCAUGGGCAAGGGCUUCCUCUGCUCCAACGGCACCGUCGGCGAGGACCUGGGCGACCUGAUCAUGGCCGCGUGCCGGAAACACCAGCUCAACGUCCGCAUCGAGGCCAUCGUCAACGACAGCUCGGCCACCUUGCUCUCGCGCGCCUACAUCGACCCGUCCACCCGCAUGUCCCUCAUCCUCGGCACCGGCACAAACGUCGCCAUCCACUACCCGACCCGGGCCAUUGGGCGCGAGAAGUUCGGCGACAGGCCCGCGGCCUGGUUCGAUAAGGCCAGCCAUGUCAUCAUCAACACCGAGAUGAGCAUGUUUGGCGGCGGCGGCGUGCUGCCCAUGACUCGCUGGGACGACGACCUCAACCGCGCCCACAUCAAGCCCGACUACCAGCCCCUCGAGUACCUGGUCACCGGCCGGUACAUCGGCGAGAUCGUGCGUCUCAUCGUCGUCGAGGCCGUGGCCGUCGCGGGCCUGUUUGCGGGUGAACUGCCGGCAUCCUUACGUCUGCCGUACUCCCUCGACACAGCCAUCGUGGCCUGCAUCGAGGCAGACACUUCGUCCACCCUCGACAAGUCGGCAGCCAUGUUGACCGCCAGCCAUGCAUUUGCCGUGGCCCCCUCGACGGCAGACAUGCAGUUUCUGCAGACUGUCUGCAAGUGCGUCUCCAGACGAGGGGCCGCAUACCUCGCCACGGCCAUAUACUCCCUCUGGCGUCUAAGCAACGAGAGCGAGUCCCCUGCCUCCUCCUCGCCCGAACACACCCGAGACGACCUCCUGCUCACCAAGGGCCUCAGCACAACAGCUGACCUCGAGAUCGGCCAAGCAGUCACCAUUGCCUGUGACGGGACAGUCAUCAACAAGUACCCGGGCUUCCGAAGUACCUGCCAGGCCUACCUCAACAGCCUCACUUCCCACGCCAACUCCAACUCCAACUCCAGCUCCAACUCCACUGCCGAUUCUGCAGAUUCAGGUUCAGACAGCGCCACUGAGACCGAGUCAGACAAGCCGAUGAUAUCCCUUGACCCUGCGCCAGAGAGCGGCAUCUUUGGCGCCGCCGUGGCAGUGGCCGUUGCUCUCCCCUCGUCACCUUCUUCCUAG